AUGGCGCCGAAGAGAUUUUUUAUCGUUCUUUUGGUCUCUUUCUUUGGAUUGCAAGGUGCUAUGUCCUGCGAUUUCGAUAGCAACUGUGGGAUAGCUGAAUACUGUUGUUCUGAUGGCAUUUGCAGGGAUUAUUGUUAUUUUUCCUGCUCGAGAAAUAACGAAUGUCCUGGUUUGGAGGUUUGCUGCGGUGGCGAAUGUCUUGAUUCAUGUGUUUGGACGACAGGAAGCAUUGCAGGCGCUGUAAUUGGUACAAUAAUCUUCUUUGCUAUCAUCAUUUCCAUCGUAUCCUGCUGUUGCUGUGCCUGUUGUCCGUAUUACCGCUAUCAUACGCCCGGUACUGUGAUUGUGACAAGCCAGCCGCCGUAUCAGCAAUUCGUGUCGACCACUUGCACGACGCAGCAAGGAGUUGUGCAGUAUCCACCGCCUGGAAGCUACAACCAGCCUCCACCCGCUUAUCCACCACCCGGUCCAAACCCGUAUCAUUCAGCUCAGGUACAUGGACAAGCCGUUUCGAUGCCGCCUCCUGGACCGGUCAAGUACUGA